AUGGGAAGUCAUGUGAAGUUUGAUAUGGUCAGUGAGAACAUCAUUCCAGAGAGUCACCCGGAGUGCACCGCAUGGAUGGUUCGUCGACUACAGGAGGAAUUACAAUGUGAUGAGGCCGACAUCAGCGGCAAACACUUACGCCUAAUAAAUGAAUUCCUUGUCGGCGGUGAUGAAAUGCAUGCGCUCUUCUGUUAUUACCGCGGCUUUAUGCAAGAUGAUCCUGCCGAGAUGGAAGAGUUCGCCCCUUCACCAGGAAGUAAAAAUGCCAUUAUGGUGGUGGAGCUUUGUAUUGUGGAUACCGUACCAGGUAUUUCUAAUCGUGAAGUGGCGGAGGGGAUGUCUCUGGACUCCAUGUACUUUUUAAGAUUAGAUCCCGAUAAGUUAGUAGUGCCAGAGAAUAUUGAUAGUUCCAUUGCAUGGGGUGUUUGUCGUGGGGGAAAUCUACUGGAAAGCUUUCUUCGUACCCUUCACUAUGUUAUCACUCCAACACUAUUAAACAAUCGAUGGCCCGAUAGUAUUGAAAAGGAUGUUAACUCUUCUCUCUACCGCUUUAUGGCCGCGAUGACUGAAAAUGUCAAUCGACUGAAAGGCCGCACUGUACUGUAUGUACCCAGUGAUCUCACAGUUGGUGUGGGGAUGAGUGAGGCCCAUCAUGAUCGCGAAUUGGUGCAGCGCUUUGAGGCUGCGGUAAUUCACUGGACUCGACAAAUUAAAGAAGUUGUGGGGGAUAAAGAUGCGGGACUCACAGGAGAUGCGGCUGGACCACUGGAGGAAAUUGCCUAUUGGCGUUCACGUGCAAGAGAUUUGGGAAAUAUUCGUGCCCAAUUGAAUCGUUCAGAUGUUGCUGGUAUUGUGGGAGUAUUAAAAGAAGCCAAAUCUUUUUAUUAUUUGGAACCUUUUUUAAACCUUCGUGCAGAUAUUGAAAAGGGUACGGAAGAAGCUUUUGAUAAUCUGCGAUUUUUGAACACGCUGGUGGAGCCAUGUACAAAGUUGUCAAAGGCUGAACCAAAGGAAAUCCCAGCGUUGAUUCCUGAUGUACUUAUUCAUGCGCAGUUAAUUCUUAUUUACUCUAAGAGUUAUAAAAAGGAACGCUUUUUCCGUCUUCUUCGAUUGAUAUCUAAUGAAAUUAUUUACCGUUGUAGUCAAAAGAUUGACGUCCCGGCUAUUCUUAACGGUGAUGUUACGGAUAGUAUGGUGGCAUUACAAUACAGUGUUGCGGCAGGUGAAGCUUGGAUUAAAGAAUGUCACAAAAUGCUUAUGGCUACACGCAAACGAUUUAAAAUGGAAAAGGGUGAAAAACUUGACGUGGAUGAUUCUUUCUUAAAUGAAAUUGAUGGUUUUGUUCGUCAUCGUUGUCAGAACUUAUAUGAAAUUUGUAAAGCUCAAUUACAAUUUGGAUUUAAAGGAUUCCGUCAAGAACAGCCACGUGGUUCAGAGCGUAGUAAUACUGGUCGACACACCCGUACAUCCCACAGUAUUUCAGUGACUGAUAAACACAAUAUGAGUGAAAUUAGUUAUGGAGCCCCUAUUGAAGUGAAAGAGUUAGAUUUAAAGGUUGUGCCUGUAAAUGAACUCUUUGCUGGGCGAUUACCCAUAUUUAGUGGUAGUAAAGGACCAGAAAUUGAAUCCCAAUUGUUAGAUAUUCAACGAGCUUUUAAAGGAAAAAUGGAAAUGCUUCGUCGUCUUGAUUAUGAUAUUUUAGAUGUGAAAUCUACUCGUUGGGUGGAUGAUUUCCGUGCUUUAAAAGUAGAUAUUGAUAACCUUUCCAUGAUGCUACAACAAAUCAUUACAGCCGCUUUUGAUAGUAUCAGUACAACGGAAAUGGGAGCGGAAUAUAUUGAAGCUUUUUAUCUUAUUGCAGAGAGUGAGGAACUUUUAUUACAAUUGGAUCGUUGUAAAGAUAGAGUUUUUCGUCUCUUGGGAGAAAAUGUUUCUAUGGUUCAGGGAAUGUUACAACGUUACUUUAAUAAAGAUCCACCUGUUUUCUAUUUACAUCCACCUUAUGCAGGUCAUGCAAUUUGGGCAGAGAAUAAUGCCUAUAUGUUGGAUAGUAGUUCCACUGCGUUAAGACAUUGUUAUUACUUGCGGGAUUCACCAGAGUCUUCUGAUAUUAUGAUGCUUUUUGAUCGUCUUGAACGAUCUUUACGAGAUUCUAUGCGGCAACAAUACACGGAUUGGAAAGCUGGACUUCCAUCUAAUCCAAGUGAAUAUCUUGAUCGUUUUCUUAUUACUAAACGUCCAAGUGCGGCAAAAUAUGGACCUGCUUUAUUUGAUGUGAACUUUUCACAUGAUUUACUCUUAUUAUUUGCAGAGGCACGUUAUUGGCAAAGUAUUGGAGAAGUCAUUCCACCUAAUAUUAUGGAUAUUGUCUCUAAAGAGGAAAGAUUACGUAUUUUUAGAGAAAAUGUAGCCAUAGCUGUUCGAGCACAUAAUAAUGUGAUUCUUUCCCUUACAAAAGAAGAAUGUCGUCUCUUUGCAUUACGUUUGAGUUUCUUGGAAAGUAAAUAUAUGCCGGGAAUGACACGAUUAUGGUGGAAUUCUCAAGGUAUUGUGGAAUACUUUGUAAGAGAAUGUCGUCAACAAGCUGAACGUGUACAGAAUAUAGUGGAUGAGUUUAAAUACGGUAUUGAAUAUGUAGAUCAUCAUUGUAAAGCCAUAGCCGAUACAGUGGUGGUUAUUUUUGAAAAGAAGAAAGUAUACUCUAUUGAAGGUUUUGUAGAAAAACAAAGACAUCAUCGUGAAGGGAUUUUAGAAAAAUUACAAACUAUUCAUCAUCGUUUAGUACAAAAAUUGUAUGAUUUACUAAAUUACUUCCGUGAUGAUUACGUGGAGGAUGAGUCUGUGCGAUCGGAGUGGCAUCGUUACGUUGCGAAGGUGGAACUGAAAGUAGAAGAGGCUUUACGAACAAUGGUUAAACGAACUCUGCAGACCGUAGAAAGAGCCCUUCCACUUGAACCUUCUGAAGAUCGCAUGGAAGAGAAGGUAUUUAAACUAGAUGUAGUAAUUACAGUAGCCACAGAUACCAAACCUCAUAUUGAAUCCGUACCAUCUGUAAAGGAAUUGGGAUAUCAAGUGAAUGGAAUUUGUAAAGAUAUUAUUGGAAUUGUGAAACAUAUUCCACGAUUGGAGGAAUCCUUAAAAGCAUGUGUGGCAAAGGAAACACCAGAAGAAAAUGAAAUCUUAAAACGUGUCCCAUUAGAAUAUAUUAAUCCUAAUGAAGAUAGUGUGGCUUUACGAGGUUCUUACUUUGAAUAUAUGACCAGUGAACAAGAUGCUAUUCAAUGUUUACGCCGUAUACGUGAAUCCUUUGAUGCUGUGGAAGAGAAAGUACGGGAUAAGUUAAGUCAAACUUGGCAACUUCAUCAAUCUGGAACUACUGAUAGUCUAUGGACAACACAGAAACAAGAUCGUCGUAUUAAACAAGGAUGGCGAUUGGAGGAUUAUCGUAUUCACAUGGAUCAUGUCGCCCAAAGACGUGAAGGAAUAAAUAAACAAGAAACUUUUUCAGAUGUUCUUUUUCUACAAUUAGACUUUACAAAGAUGAAGGAGAGUUUCCGUGUACAGUGUCAAUUAGUGAUUAAACAUUAUCAUAGCCUUUUAUACGCCGAUGCGAAAGAGGAGAUGGAUCGUAUUUAUAAUAACUUUACCACCACUGUACAAAUGCUUACGAAAGAACCACAAACUCUUGAUGAACUUGGUGAUCAAAUUAAAAAAUGUGCUUCUGCGUUUGAAGGACUUACUGAUAUUUCUGCAAAAUUUGGUCCUAUUGCCGAUACUUUUAAACUUAUUACAAAUGAUCUUUACAAUCAUGGUAAUGUGGAUCCAGAGGAUGUUCAUCGUUGUGAAGGAUUACCAGCUGCCUUUGAUGAGUACUCGGAUCAACUGUUAAAAGCACGACAAUUGCUUGCCAAAUAUAAGGAACAAUUCCGAAAUGAUUUGGAAACCGAUUUACGUUCUCUGGUCUCUAACUCUUAUGCUUUACGGCAAAAAGUGCAGGAUGAAGGUCCACGUUCAUAUGCCUUUUCUACGGCGAAUGCCUUUGCACAGAUUGGUGUACUCGAACGUCGGGCCAAGGAAUUACGAGAGACGGAGUUAAGUCUUAAACAAGGUAUUGAUAUCUUUCAUUUGGAUAAACCCUCAUUAGAUGAUUUAACCGCUGCGGAAACAGAACUUAAAGUUUUACGUACAAUUUGGACAUUAUGUGAUGAAUGGCGUACACAAAGUCGUUUAUGGCGUACAAUGUACUUUAUGAAACUUAAUAGUGAAGAGAUGUUAGAUGUUUCUGAGCGUAUUCGAAAAGAUGUUUUACGUUUACGUGUGGAACUUCAACAUACAGAUGUUUGGGUAAAAUUAAAGGAAGAAGUAGAAUUAAUGAAACGUCUUUUACCAAUUGUAGAUGAUCUUCGUACACCUGCUAUUCGUCCUCGUCAUUGGGAAUUUCUUAAGGUUCAAUUAGAUGCCAAUUUUGAUAUUGAAGAUGAGAAAUUUUGUUUAAAUGAUUUAAUGAAAGCACGUGUGGAAGCCCAUGCGGAGUUUGUAUCAAAUUUGGCUACUUCUGCCCGUGAGGAAAUGAAGAUUGAGAUGGAUUUAGAAAAGAUCCGUACCUUCUGGGAAGAGGCCACUUUCACUAUUGAACCUCAUCAAGGUUAUCAUAAGAUUACAGGUGUGGAUGAUAUUAAUAAUGUACUCGCUGAACAUUUGGCAAUGUUAAGUACAAUGAAAAUGUCACGUUUUGUGGAUAGUUUCCGUUCAAAAGUGGUGAACUGGGAACAGACAUUAUCUAUGGCAACUGAUACUAUUGAGGCAUUAUUAACCGUUCAAACAAAAUGGAUGUAUCUUGAAAAUAUCUUUAUUGGAAGUGAAGAUAUUAAACGUAAACUUGCAGCGGAAUCUAAGAAAUUUGAUAGUGUUCAUUCACAAUGGCUUUCUAUUAUUUCACGUCUUAUCAAUGAUCCAAAUGUGGUUCGUGGAACUAGACGAGAUGGUCUUAUGGAUCAAUUAAAUGGAAUGAAUAAUGAUCUUGAAAUGAUUCAAAAGAGUCUUGAAGGGUUUCUUGAAGAUCGUCGUCGUGUAUUCCCACGUUUUUACUUUUUAUCUAAUGAUGAUUUACUUGAAAUUCUUGGCCAUACAAAAGAACCCGCAAAAGUACAACCUCAUUUACGAAAGUGUUUUGAAGGAUUAUAUCAAUUAUCUCUUAAAACGGUUCGACAGAAGAUCACAGCGGAGGGAAUGUCCUCUGCAGAUGGAGAAUCCGUUCCUUUUAUUCCCGCCGUGCAGGUGGAAGGAUUACCGGUGGAAUCAUGGCUACGACGUGUGGAGAUGAAAAUGCGAGAAACUAUGCAAAAACGUAUUAACGCUACUUUAGAUGAUUUACAAAAGAAUGUUUUUGACUCUGCGAAACCUAUUUCUCGUGAUAAAUUGAAAGCUUGGGUGGAACGUAAUGAAGGACAAUCUCUUAUUACGGCAGCUUGUAUUAAUUGGACGUUUUUAACAGAACUUGCCAUUAUGGAAUAUGGAGAUUUACACGCUGGUGGACUUUCUCUACAACGUCGUAAAGCUUCUCCAUUAUAUAAGGUAUAUAAAAGAUGGAAAGGUAUUAUUAAAAAGUAUUGUCAAUUAGUUCGUCAACCACAAAGUCGUAUGCAACGAAAUAAACUUGUGGCUCUUAUUACGAUUGAAGUUCAUUCCCGUGAUAUUCUUCGACAAUUACUCGCUACACGAGUUCAUCAAGAAGAUGAUUUUGAAUGGUCUCGACAACUUCGUUUUUACAAGGAAGAUGAUGAUACCGCCGAACGUCCACAAGAUGCUCCUAAAGUUUGUAUUGUUCGACAAACUUCUGCUACAGUUCGGUAUGAUUAUGAAUAUUUAGGCAAUAGUGGACGACUUGUUGUAACUGGAUUAACCGAUCGUGCUUAUAUGACCUUAACAACAGCUCUUCAAUUACAUCGUGGUGGUCUUCCACAAGGACCUGCAGGUACGGGUAAAACAGAAACUGUAAAAGAUCUUGGAAAAGGAAUUGGUAAAUAUGUGAUGGUGUUUAACUGUUCAGAUGGUCUUGAUUAUAAAUCGGUUGGUCGUAUGUUAAGUGGUAUUGCUCAAACAGGUUCAUGGUCUUGUUUUGAUGAGUUUAAUCGUAUUGAGGUAGAGGUGUUAUCUGUUGUGGCCCAACAAAUUUUAUCUAUUCUCUCUGCCGUUGCUGAACGUAAAAGUCGUUUCCUUUUUGAAGGAUCUGAUAUUCCACUUAAUAUGAAUUGUGGUCUCUUUGUUACGAUGAAUCCUGGCUACGCUGGACGUUCAGAAUUACCAGAUAAUCUCAAGGCCUUAUUACGACCUAUAUCUAUGAUGGUACCAGAUUUUGCUCUUAUUUGUGAGAUUACACUACUUUCAGAAGGAUUUGAGGAAUCUGAAAUACUCUCUAAGAAGGUAUCAAUUCUGUAUGAAUUAAUGGAGAAACAACUUUCUAAACAGGAUCAUUAUGAUUUCUCACUUCGUAAUAUUAAAGCUGUACUUGUACAAGCAGGAAAUUUAAAACGUGAAAACUUCCCAGGUACAGAAUCUCAACUUUGUCUUAAGGCUAUGAGUGAUAUGAAUUUACCAAAGUUUGUAAAGGAAGAUGUUCCCUUAUUCCUUGGUAUGUUAAGUGAUUUAUUCCCUGGUGUUGUACCAGAAGAAAGUGGUUUGGAUAAUCUUCGAUCAGCUGCAGAGGAAGAACUGAAAGAAGAAGGUCUUGAAGUAAAUGAACAUAUUGUUAUUAAAAGUCUUCAAUUAUGGGAUACUUUACGUACACGUCAUGGUGUCAUGGUGGUUGGUCAAACAGGAUCUGGUAAAACCGUCACUUGGCGUAAUUUAAGUGGAGCAUUACGUCGAUUAAAGGAAAAGAAUUGUGAACCUGGUUUAUAUGAACCCGUACGAGUUUCUUUACUAAAUCCUAAAUCCGUUACAAUGGAUGAACUCUAUGGUAGUUAUAAUCAAGCAACACGAGAAUGGAAAGAUGGUAUUCUCUCAGAUAUUAUGCGGCAAAUAUGUAGAGAUGUAACAGAUCCAACCUAUAAAUGGAUGUUAUUUGAUGGUCCUGUAGAUACUCUUUGGAUUGAAUCUAUGAAUACCGUUUUGGAUGAUAAUAAGAUGUUAACUCUAAACUCUGGUGAACGUAUUACACUAAAUCCUACUGUUCGUAUGUUAUUUGAAGUUCAAGAUCUUUCACAGGCUUCACCGGCUACUGUUUCCCGUUGUGGUAUGGUUUACUUUAGUGUAGCGGAUCUUGGUUGGAAACCGUUUUUAAAAACGUGGUUAAAAUCUCGAUGGAAUUUUGAAAUUGCGAUGGGUGCCCCUCGUCCAGAUGAUACGAUUCAAGAAUUGGAAGAAUUUUGUAAAACCACCUUAACGGGUGUGUUAGAGUAUCGUCAAGCGGAAUGUGUGGAAUUAUUCCCUACAUCUACAUUAAGUGUUGUUCGUUCUUUUACUCGCAUGUUUGAUGCUCUUGCGAAUGUAGAUGCCGCUCCUUGUGUGCCUGGUGGGACUACUUACGCCACUUCACACGCUGGUGAGAAUUAUUUACCGCAAUUACGAAUAAUGGCAACUUUCUGUCUUAUGUGGUCUGCUGGUGGUUCUCUAACAGUGGAAUCUCGUCAAAAACUAGAUGCGUAUAUGCGAGAAUUGGAUUCUUCUUUUCCAUCUACAGAAACGAUUUUUGAAUACUAUCCAGAUCUUGCCUCUUUACAAUGGAAGAAUUGGGAAGAUCAUGUGGAUUUGCAAAAACCAUUUUCUCCUCCACCAGGUACACCCUAUCAUAGACAAAUUGUCCCAACUGUGGAUACGGUUCGUUAUCAAUAUAUUGUAGGAGAACUGGUACGUAGUCAAGUUCAAUUGGUGUUGGUUGGAAAUACAGGAACAGGAAAGUCUUUAAUUGCCCGACAAGUAAUGCGUGCCUUAAAUAAUGAUACUUAUGUUACGACACAAUUAAACUUUUCUGCUCAAACUACUGCUAAAAAUGUACAAGAUAUUAUUGAAGGACGUAUGGAGCAUAAAUCUAAAAAGGUUUGUUGUCCUCCAGGUGGACGUCGUAUGAUUUGUCUUGUAGAAGAUCUUAAUAUGCCUGCUAAAGAAAAGUUUGGAGCUCAACCACCUUUGGAAUUACUUCGUCAAUGGAUUGAUAAUGGUUUCUGGUAUGAUCGUAAUACAAGAUCUCGUCGACAAGUAAAUGAUAUGCAACUUCUUUGUUGUAUGACCUAUGGAAGACCUGAUAUUACACCACGUUUAAUGACCAAAUUAAAUGUAUUUAAUAUUACUUUCCCUGCAGAGUCUGUCAUUACGAAAAUAUUUACCGCCAUUCUUUCUCAUCGUCUUGAAAAAUACCCUGAACUUCAUAAAAUGGUGGAUGCUCUUGUAAAAGCUACAAUACAAACAUAUCAACGUGUUUCCAGAGAUUUACUUCCUAUUCCAAGUAAAUCACAUUAUCUAUUUAACUUGCGUGAUCUCAGUAAAGUAUUUCAAGGCAUUUAUGGUUGUUAUAUGGAAGGUUUACAAUGUAAAGAACAUAUGGUGGCCCUUUGGGCUCAUGAAUGUUUACGUGUCUUCUCUGAUCGUAUGAAUGAUCCUAACGAUAAACAAUGGUUCCGAAAUAUUAUUUAUGAUAAACUAGCAAAUGUAUUUCAAACCAAGUGGAGUAAUAUUAUGCGUUCCCGAUCUCGUGAGGCCCGUUCUCAACCCGUGAAUGAACAUGAGAAUCCCCUUUUUGUAGACUUCUGGGAUGGUGAAUAUGAUGAGAUGGCGAAGUAUCGUCUGGUGCCAAGUAUGGAAGCCCUGCGAGAGAAAGUGGAAGAAGGCCUUGAACUUUACAAUGGCGAACCGGGCGCACGGCAAAUGCAACUCGUCUUUUUCACAGACGCUCUUGAACAUCUCUGUCGUAUUCAUCGUAUUAUUCGACAACCUCGUGGAAAUGCUCUUUUGGUUGGACUUGGUGGAAGUGGUCGAUAUUCACUUACUCGACUGGCUAGUUAUCUCGCAGGAUAUGGUAUUUUCUCUAUUGAGAUUCAUAAAAAGUAUGAUUCGGAUCGAUUUCAUGAUGAUUUACGGGCCUUAUAUAAGGCAUGUGGUUUAAAAAUGCAGCAAAAGGUAUUUUACUUUUCAGAUAAUCAAAUUAUGCAACCAUCAUUCUUGGAAGAUCUUAAUAAUAUGCUUUCCACAGGAGAAGUUCCAAAUUUAUUCCCAAAGGAUGAAUUACAGAAUAUACGAGAUACUGUUUACAAAGAGGCUAUUGAGAGUGGAUGUCGAGAUACCACAGAUGAAAUGUAUAAUUUCUUUAUUGACCGUGCACGUGUGAAUUUACAUCUUGUUGUUGCCAUGUCUCCCGCACAUAAACUCUUCCGAACUCGUUUAAGACAAUUCCCUGCAUUAGUCUCUUGUACUUCUAUUGAUUGGUUUGUGGAAUGGCCAAAUGAGGCUCUUCGUGAAGUGGGUCUUCGUUAUCUUGAAGAGACACGUGAGAAUAAUGAAAAUGAUGAAGACUUAUCACUCAUUGCAGAUGUAUUUGUUCACAUGCAUGAUACUACGAGUAGCACUUCUGUAGAAAUGUUAGAACAAAUUCAUCGUUAUAAUUAUGUAACUCCUUCAUCUUAUUUAGAUUUGGUUCGUGGUUUCCGAAAGAUGCUUUCACAGAAACGAGAUGAUAUUCUUGAGCAGCGUGAUAAACUUUCUAAUGGUAUGGCUAAAUUAGAGGAAACUAAAUUAGCUGUUGGAAAAAUGACAGAAGAACUAAAAGUUCAGGAUGCGAAAUUACAAGAGAAAACACAAGAAGUGAAUCGGGCAACAGAGAGUAUUCAAGUUCAACAACAAAAUGCCGAAGAACAACAAAGUAUGCUCGCUGCAGAAAAGGUUAAAAUUGAACAAUCCAAACGUUCUGCAUUAGCUGAUCAAGCAGAAGCACAGGCAGAUUUGGAUCGUGCAAUGCCAACACUUCUGGAAGCUCAAGCCGCAUUAGAUAAAUUAGAUAAGAAUGAUAUUAAUGAAAUUAAAUCUUAUAAAACUCCUGCUGCGAUGAUUCGAACUGUGAUGGAAGCUGUACAGACAACUCUACGUAGAAAACUUGACUGGGAUGAAGCGAAGAAAUCUUUAAGUGAACCUAAAUUUAUUGAUAUGUUAAAACAUUAUCAUGAAAAUAAUGAUAUGACAGAUCAAAGAUUAUUAGAUAAGAUUGAAAAAUAUGUAAAACGUCCAGAUUUUACACCUGCGGCUGCUAGUGCGGUAUCCAAAGCUGCAGGUGGACUUUGUCAAUGGGUUAUUGCUAUUCAUAAGUAUGGAAAUAUUUAUAAAGAGGUUCAUCCUAAAAUCUUAAAGAAUGAAAAUGCCCAACAAAAGGUUCGAGCCCAAGAGGAAAUGUUACGACAAAAGGAAGAUAAACUUCAACGUAUUAUGAAUGAGGUAAAAGAAUUAGAAUUGGCUUUACAAUCCAAUAUUGAUGAAAAAACACGUUUAAUGGCAGAAGCAAAAGAAACACAAAUGAAAUUAAAUCGUGCUCGUAUUAUUGUAGAUGGUCUUGAAGGAGAACGUGAUCGUUGGAUUGAGUCUAUUGCCCGAUAUGAAGCUGCUCUUGGAAAUCUUAUUGGGGAUACUUUGUUAGUUUGUGGUUUUCUCUGCUACUCCGGUGCCUUCACGGCGGAUUACCGUCAGAAACUGUGGCUUAGUUGGAUUAAAGAAAUUAAAAGAUUACAAAUCCCCAUGACGAAGAACUUUGACUUUGUAGACUUUCUUGUGGAUCCAACAGAAGUACGUGAUUGGCAACAGGCUGGACUUCCUGGUGAUGAUUUCAGUAGAGAGAAUGGAGCUGUGGUGAUGCGGGGAACUCGAUGGCCGUUGAUGAUUGAUCCUCAAUUACAAGCCAUUAAAUGGAUUAAACGAAUGGAAAAAGAUAGUGGAUUAAAAGUAAUUGAUCAGAAACAAGCAGAUUUUCAAAAAACAGUAGAAUAUGCGGUACAAUUUGGUUGUCCAUUACUUUUACAAGAUAUACUAGAGGAGAUUGAUCCACUUUUGGAUUCUGUGAUUUCUAAAGCUAUUGUUCGAAAAGGAAAUAAAUCCAUGAUGAAAAUUGGAGAUAAUUAUGUGGAAUAUAAUGAGAGUUUUAAAUUAUAUAUUACAACUCGUUUAUCUAAUCCACAUUAUACACCAGAGACUUGUACACGAGUAUGUUUACUUAAUUUUGCGGUCCGAGAAACUGGAUUAGAAGAACAAUUACUUAAAAUUGUUGUGGAAAAGGAGAAACCAGAAUUAGAACGUGAUAAUGAACAACUUAUUUUGGAUACAGCAGCAGCAAAGAAGGAAACCAAACGUUUAGAAGAUGAAAUUUUAAAUCUUCUUUCUACUUCACAAGUAUCAUUAUUAGAAAAUCAAAAACUUGUAGAUACCUUACAAUCUGCUAAAGUUAUUGCCUCUAAUAUUAAACAACAAUUAAAAGAAGCUGAAAUUACAGCUGAAAAGAUUCAAAGUGCACGUGAACAAUAUCGUGAAUGUGCCCGACGAGCAUCUAUUCUAUUCUUUGUAUUAGCAGAUCUUGGUUCUAUUGAUGCUAUGUAUCAAUUCGCAUUGGAUUCUUAUAUUAUAUUAUUUCAAGGAAGUAUUAAACGUUCUGCGGAAAAAAUUAUUACCCAUUCACUUGAAGAACGAGUGAAAACAUUAAAUGAUUGGCAUACAAAUGCUGUAUAUGCAAAUACUUGUCGUGGAUUAUUUGAAAAACAUAAAUUACUUUUUGCUUUCCAUAUGACAAUGCGUAUUUUACAAGCAGAGGGACAUGUAAACUUGGAAGAAUAUGUAUUCCUUAUGCGAGGAGGACAAGUUUUAGAUAAACAAGGACGUUUACCAAAUCCUGCACCUUCUUGGUUAUCUGAACGGGCUUGGAGUCAUAUUCUUGAACUUGAUAAACUUACUAAUUUUCAUGGAGUUGCCGCUUCUUUUGAACAGGCUCAGGAAUCAUGGCAUCAUUGGUUUUUACAGGAAAAUCCAGAAAAUACAGAAUUACCAGAUGAAUGGCAAACUCGUACUGCAGAUAAUUAUAUUCAACGAAUGAUUUUUGUACGUUGUCUUCGUUUAGAUCGUGUUGUUUUUAUGGUAUAUGAAUUUAUUGAAAAUCAACUUGGUGCACAAUUUGUGGAUCCACCUCCAUUUAAUUUAAAAGAUACUUAUGAAGAGAGUGCGAAUGUGAUUCCUCUUGUUUUUGUACUUUCACCUGGUGUGGAUCCAACCAAUCAAUUAUUAACAUUAGCCCAACGUGAAGGACGACAUCUUAAGACCUUGGCACUUGGUCAAGGUCAAGGUGAUAAUGCGAAACGGGCUAUUCAGGAAUGUGCUCAAACCGGUGGAUGGGUAUUUUUGGCAAAUUGUCAUCUUAUGGUAUCUUGGUUAGUAGAGUUGGAAAAGAUUAUUGAAGAUUUAGCAGAACAACGUCCACAUGCCGAUUUCCGUUUAUGGCUUAGUUCUGUACCAACUCCACAAUUCCCUAUUGGUAUUCUACAAAAAGCUAUUAAGAUGACAACAGAACCACCAACAGGUAUUAAAUCUAAUAUGCUUCGUCUCUAUAAUCAAUUUUCUGAAGAACAAUUUACAGAGCAUGCUGGUUCUAAUCCACAGUUUUACCGCAGUUUAUUAUUUUCACUUUGUUUCUUCCACUCUGUCUUAUUGGAAAGACGAAAGUUUGGAAAUCUUGGUUAUAAUGUGGUAUAUGAUUUUACCACCUCUGAUUUUGAGGUAUCGGAGAAUAUUAUCACUUUAUAUAUUGGUAAAAUGCCAUCUGAUAGGGUUGAAGAUAUUCCUUUUGUUACAAUUCGUUAUUUAAUUGCAGAAGCUUCCUAUGGUGGACGUGUCACAGAUGAUUGGGAUCGUCGAGUAUUAAAGACAUAUAUUGAACAAUUUAUGUGUGAGAAGAUAGUAACAGAAGAACGUUAUCCACUUUCCGCAGCUGCAGAAUAUUAUAUUCCAGCUGAAGCCACUACAUUACAAUCCUAUAAGGAUGAAUGUAUGCAAUUACCCAUUACAGAUCCACCAGAGGCUUUUGGUCAACAUGCGAAUGCCGAUAUUGCCAGUCGUGUGGCAGAGUCUACAAUGCUUUUGGAGAAUCUUAUUAGUGUUAAUACCACACUUGCACGUAGUGGAGGUUCAAGUGCAAGUUCUGCUAAAGUGGUAUCGGAAGAAUCCCGUUGUCUUGAAAUUCUCGCUUCCCUUGAAGAACCAAGUAAGGCGGCUAUUCCUGCACUUAUUGACUAUGAUGCGGUGUAUGAAUCUGUAAAGGAAGAUACCAAUAAUGCUUUGAAUACAUGUCUAUUACAAGAGAUUCAACGAUAUAAUGUACUUCUUCGUAAAAUUAUUGCCCAAAAGAAGGAACUUCGCCGUGCGGUAAAAGGUGAAGUCGUGAUGAGUGAUGAAUUGGAAAGUGUCUUCAAUGCUCUUCUCCUUGGACGUGUCCCACCACCAUGGACAAGUGCCUAUCCAAGUAUUAAACCACUGGCAAGUUGGUCUGUAGAUCUUGUGGAGCGAAUAGAGCAGAUGAAGCAAUGGGGACAACGUGUACCAAAUGUAUUUUGGCUCUCCGGCUUCACAUAUCCCACAGGCUUUCUUAAGAGUCUUCAACAGCAACAGGCAAGACAUGAUCAUAUCUCUAUUGAUCAAUACACAUGGGAGUUUACAGUAUUACCAAGUGAGGAACGUACAAUUGUCCAUCGUGCGAAAAAAGGUGCUUAUGUGCGGGGUAUAUUCCUCGAAGGGGCGGGUUGGAAUGCGGAGACCCACACACUCUGCGAACCCCGUCCAUUAGAGUUAAUUGUCCCGAUGCCCAUCAUUCACUUUAAACCUCGACUGCGUGGGGCGAAGAGCGGAGAGGCCGCCGCUGCUGCAGGAGCCGCUGGAAGUGUGUAUGAGUGUCCACUCUAUAUGUAUCCCGUGCGUACAGGCACUCGUGAGCGGCCGUCGUUUGUGGUCGCCGUCGAUCUCGACCCCGGCGAGGCGGAACCACAACACUACACAAAACGUGGAACAGCACUUUUGCUCUCCACAGAUGAAUAG